AUGCAGUCAAAUAUGGUCACCUCAACCUCGUCGCGCUUCUACAAGCUCUGUGCUCAAAUACUGCAACCUUCUUUUCGACGCCAUCAGUCAACCAAUACGUACCGAAGAACUAGGUCACGGCUGAACAUCAAGCCUGAUCCAGAUUUUCUCCCUUCGAAGACCGAACCACAUGACCACAUUAUCUACAAUCCUCCCCCGAGCAUGCCCAAUGUCUACCACACGCCGAACUUGUUCCUCCCUAAAAACGACCGAAGAAAGGUGUUCGCAGACCCCGAAACCCGAGGCUUACAGCUACAGUCGACUCAACAGCUACCGGCCGUCAAGGGGCAAGCGGAAAAGCGAUAUCACCUGACGGAGAAGGACCUGGAGGAGAUGCGAAGGUUGAGAACGACAGAUCCAACUCAGUGGAGCGUCAGUAGACUCUCCAAGAAAUUCGACUGCUCGCCCGUCUUUACACAUCUGGUUGUGGACGGCUUAGCGCCACAGAAAGGGAAAGAGCAGCAAAUGGUGACCGCGAUCAUCAAGUCAAACUGGGGCAAAAAGAGGAGGGAGGCACGUGAGGACAGGCAGAUCAGAAAGCAACGAUGGCUCAAAGAUGCAUAG